AUGUCUGUCAUGAGACCUGAACUUAUAAUGAAAUCUAUCAUCCCCGUCGUAAUGGCAGGUAUUAUUGCUAUUUAUGGUCUUGUCGUGGCCGUUCUUAUAGCAGGUUCCUUGGAAACAGGGUAUCAACUAUUUAAAGGAUUUCUUCAUUUGGGAGCUGGAUUGGCUGUGGGUUUCAGUGGGUUAGCAGCAGGUUUUGCCAUAGGAAUCGUCGGUGAUGCCGGUGUCAGAGGAACGGCUCAACAACCACGUUUAUUUGUCGGAAUGAUUUUAAUAUUAAUUUUUGCUGAAGUUUUAGGUCUAUACGGCCUAAUUGUUGCUAUUUACUUGUACACAAAAUAA